UGACAAAGUGAGACCCUGUCUCUAAAAGAAAAAAAAGAAGAAGAAUUUAACUUCUGAAGAAUGUAUAGACAGUGGUUACCCUUUUCCAUUUUCACUUUUCUUUAUUGUUAGAUCUCCGGAAUCCAGAAGCAGCACUGUCCCCAACGUUCCGUAGUGACAGCCCAGUGCCUUCUGCACCCACCUCUGGUGGCCCUAAACCCAGCACAGCUUCAGCAGUUCCUGAAUUAGCUACAGACCCAGAGUUAGAGAAGAAGUUGCUACACCACCUCUCUGAUCUGGCUUUAACAUUGCCUACUGAUGCUGUGUCCAUCCGUCUUGCCAUCUCCACGCCAGAUGCCCCUGCCACUCAAGAUGGGGUGGAAAGCCUCCUACAGAAGUUUGCAGCUCAGGAGCUGAUUGAGGUAAAGCGAGGUCUUCUACAAGAUGAUGCACAUCCUACUCUUGUGACCUAUGCUGACCAUUCCAAGCUCUCUGCCAUGAUGGGUGCUGUGGCAGAAAAGAAGGGCCCUGGGGAGGUAGCAGGGACUAUCACAGGGCAGAAGCGGCGUGCAGAACAGGACUCAACUACAGUAGCUGCCUUUGUCAGCUCUUUAGCCUCUGGUCUGACUUCUUCAGCAUCAGAACCAGCAAAGGAGCCAGCCAAGAAAUCAAGGAAACAUGCUGCCUCGGAUGUUGACCUGGAGAUAGAGAGCCUUCUGAACCAACAAUCCACUAAGGAACAACAGAGCAAGAAGGUCAGUCAGGAGAUCCUAGAGCUGUUAAAUACUACAACAGCCAAGGAACAAUCCAUUGUUGAAAAAUUUCGCUCUCGAGGUCGGGCACAAGUGCAAGAAUUCUGUGACUAUGGAACCAAGGAGGAGUGCAUGAAAGCCAGUGAUGCUGAUCGACCCUGUCGCAAGCUGCACUUCAGACGAAUUAUCAAUAAACACACUGAUGAGUCUUUAGGUGAUUGUUCUUUCCUUAACACAUGUUUUCACAUGGAUACCUGCAAAUAUGUUCACUAUGAAAUUGAUGCUUGCGUGGAUUCUGAAGCUUCUGGCAGCAAAGACCAUACGCCAAGCCAGGAGCUUGCUCUUACACAGAGUGUCGGAGGAGACUCCAGUGCAGAUCGACUCUUCCCACCUCAGUGGAUCUGUUGUGAUAUCCGCUACCUGGACGUCAGUAUCUUGGGCAAGUUUGCAGUUGUGAUGGCUGACCCACCUUGGGAUAUUCACAUGGAGCUGCCCUAUGGGACCCUGACAGAUGAUGAGAUGCGCAGGCUCAACAUACCAGUACUGCAGGAUGAUGGCUUUCUCUUCCUCUGGGUCACAGGCAGGGCCAUGGAGUUGGGCAGAGAAUGUCUAAACCUGUGGGGUUAUGAACGGGUAGAUGAAAUUAUCUGGGUGAAGACAAAUCAACUGCAACGCAUCAUUCGGACGGGCCGUACGGGUCACUGGUUGAACCAUGGGAAAGAACACUGCCUGCAGGUUGGUGUCAAAGGAAAUCCCCAAGGCUUCAACCAGGGUCUGGAUUGUGAUGUGAUUGUAGCUGAGGUUCGUUCCACCAGUCACAAACCAGAUGAAAUCUAUGGCAUGAUUGAGAGACUGUCCCCUGGCACUCGAAAGAUUGAGUUAUUUGGACGACCGCACAAUGUGCAACCCAACUGGAUCACUCUUGGAAACCAACUGGAUGGGAUUCACCUACUAGACCCAGAUGUGGUCGCACGGUUCAAGCAAAGGUAUCCAGAUGGUAUCAUCUCUAAACCUAAGAAUUUAUAGAAGCACUUCCUUACAGAGCUAAGCAUCCAUAGCCAUGGCUCUGUAGGCUAAACCUGAAGAGCAAUAUUUGUACAAUAGCUUUUUUCUUUAUUUAAAUAAAUGUUUCUAUUGUAGUUGGGA